UCACAAAGAAAGAGACAGCAAAGGAACACGCGAAUAACCUGACGUCACCCGCAGCAGCGGCACGUGUCUGGUUACAUCAGCGCGAACAGGAAAAGAACAAAAUGGAGGAGUACGCGAGGGAGCCAUGCCCCUGGAGGAUAGUGGACGACUGUGGGGGCGCCUUCACCAUGGGGGCUAUCGGUGGAGGGAUUUUUCAGGCCGUCAAAGGUUUCAGAAACUCUCCUUCUGGAAUGAAUCACAGAAUGAGGGGUAGCUUGACAGCCAUAAAGACCAGAGCUCCACAACUAGGAGGAAGCUUUGCUGUGUGGGGUGGCCUCUUCUCCAUGAUUGACUGUGGACUGGUGAAGGUGAGGGGCAAAGAAGACCCCUGGAACUCAAUCACAAGUGGAGCCAUGACAGGAGCCAUUUUAGCAGCAAGAAAUGGGCCGGUGGCCAUGGUUGGUUCUGCUGCAAUGGGAGGUAUACUGCUUGCAUUAAUAGAGGGUGCAGGAAUUCUGCUCACAAGGUUUGCCUCAUCGCAAUUCCCAACUGGCCCACAGUUUGCGGAAGAACCUACUCCCAUGCCUGCUUCAUCAUUCGGAGACUAUAGACAGUACCAAUGAGAAGCCACUAAAAACUCAAGGCCUUUUCUUAUUCCAUGAACUCAUCUAAGACACUGAAGUUACAGUGUGGAACUCAUUCAUCAACAGAGCAUGCCACUUACCAAGAAUGACUGUGACAAAGGGAAUAUGAAGGGCAAACACUAUUGUUCCUGUCAUUGCUUUUGUUUUCAGUAUGCCAUUUGCUAUUCUCAGCUUUGUGUGUCCCCCUCUAUUUAAGUCAAAACUCAGUUGUGUGUUUUCAUCCACUUAUUCUGUGUUUUUAUUUUCCUGUUUUGUCAUUUUUUGCCAGCAUGUUUGCUGAAGCAAUAGGUAUACUGUUUAACUCAUGCUAGGUUUUUGACCUUGAACCCCAAUCAAUUGGCUGUAUAAAGUCUGUGUGUGUGUGUGUGUGUGUGUGUGUGUGUGUGAGUGAGUGAGUGAGAGAAUGUUAAUACUAUUGUUGUGUGAUUGCAUAAGAGUUUAAUACAUGCCUGUGCACUGAUUUGUUUGCCUUAGUGUGUAAACUUUCUCAUGGGCCUCAAUAAGAUCGUAUAUACAUAUUGGAGAUUUUUAUUGACUGUUUCAUGCCAAACCUUCACUUACAGAAUAUAUUCCUUCACGUUUUACUUUUUGAAGUAGCUAUUUAUUUUCUAGAAGUAAAACUUUUUCGUGUCAAGAUGUUAUGCUGUAUUGUAAGUAUAAUUAUAUAAUUUCUCUACAGAAAAAGUUCUGAUCACAAAGGAUGCAUCAGAAAAAAAGGUUCAUGAAUGAACAGAAUUAUUAGUCUUAUGGGUAUAUGAGCCAAAUUAGGCUGAGAAACCAAGUAAAUAAAUUAGUUACUGCUG